GCGCGCGCGCGCUCUGAGUGAGAAAACACACGGAGACUCAUCUCUCGCGAGGAACGACGCCGUUAUCGAAAUCUCUACAAACAACACGAGAAUUCAUCAUUCACAUGUUGUGAAUAAUGUCUGAACAAGAGUUGGAUGAUAUUGUGCAGAUAACAGUAGAGGACUUCAACCAGGAUGCCCAAACAGAAAUGCUGGAAAAUCAUGAUGAUGAUGAAGAAAGGCCUCAGAAGAAAAGGAGGAAAUUAAGCAGCAGCCAGGAGAAUAACAACAAUUGCCAAGACAUAUCUUUUAUUAAGAAUCUGUUGGUUUCAUUCACUGCAUCAAUCACUCAGAGACUAGAAGGAAUUGAGUCAAAGUUACAGGCUCUGGACACAACAUGCAAGGCCCUUGGACGGAAACUGGACAGCAUGAUGCCCUGUGCAAAAAGUCCUAUCCAGGUCCCUAUGGUUGCAGGGUCUCCUCAGGGGGCCACUCAAACUUGGAACAAAGUGCGAUGUGUUGUUCCUCAAACAAAUGUAAUAGUGAGCAGUGAAAACCCGAAGGGCACUAUCCAAGAAGACACUCCUCUGGAGAACCUACUCAGCAACACGGUGGCAAGGAGGCGACAGAACACAAUCUUAGUAAAGGUUCCUGGUCCUGAGGAAAGCCAGGAAGACCAAGAGAGUGGCUCCGAGGCCAGUGACUCUGUUUCCAAUGGUGGAAAUUCCAACACGCCAAAUGUCACGCUCAUCACACUGAAUUCAGAGGAGGAUUACCCAGCAGGCACCUGGUUAGGAGAUGAGAACAACCCAGAGAUGCGAGUCCGCUGCCCAGUGUCUCCGGCUGACAUGAUUCACAUCACCUCAAACUGUCGCACAGCUGAGAAAAUGGCCCUGACGCUGUUGGACUACCUGUUUCAUCGGGAGAUCCAGGCCAUGUCAAACCUUUCUGGCCAGGGCAAACAUGGCAAGAAGCAGCUGGACCCGCUCAUGAUCUACGGCAUUCGCUGUCACUUGUUUCACAAAUUUGCCAUCACUGAGUCAGACUGGUACCGCAUCAAGCAAAGCAUAGACUCCAAGUGUCGCACUGCCUGGAGACGUAAACAGCGCGGCCAAAGUUUGGCUGUCAAGAGCUUCUCCAAACGCACACCUCGUUCAUCUUCAGAGGGGGGCGUCGCAGAAGAAACAGGCCACAUUGAGACCACCACCCCGCAGACUUUGCAUUACACACUCGCCAACCAGCAGGUCCAGUUCCACCGCAUUGGCGAGGACGGACAAGUUCAGGUGAUUCCACAAGGACAGCUGCACAUUGCCCAGGUGCCUCAAGGAGAGGAGGUGCAGAUCACACAGGACAGUGAGGGAAACCUUCAGAUCCACCAGGUACAUGUUGGACAGGAUGGACAGGUGCUUCGUGGGGCUCAGCUCAUAGCAGUGGCGUCAGCUGAUGGCGGGGCUACAGCAGUUGAAGGUUCCCCCCUGCCCCCCGACAUCCAAGUGCAGUACGUCCAACUGGCCCCUGUUGCAGAUCACACUGCCGCCGUACAGGCGGCUGAGUUGGCCCCGGCCCUGCAAGCAGACAUGGAGGUGAAAGAGGCCAUCCAGGGUGCCAUACAGGGAGAGAAUGGCGAGGUGGUCCAGAUUGUCACAUCUGUGCCACAUGAGGACCCUGUAUGGCUCAACAAAGUAUCACAGCAUCACCUAACCAGUCUCGAUUGAACAUAAAGAAGUCAACAACUGCUUACGGUCUGAAAAAGCAAUCAAGUCUGAACGACUUUAAAAAAACUGAUGAGACACAGGGAAGAAGCUUUUUUUUGUUUGUUUUUUUAUUUUCCUCUUCAAAACUUCUCACUCAAUUUGUUGCCAACCAGAUGUCACCAUGUGGAAGUGUUCACACUGAGUUUGAAAAGACCCUGAUGGGCCAAAAAUCAGAUGUGGUCUUGCUGUUGUUUUCAUCACCAGAAGGACCUGGCUCAUCGCAAAAUACUCAGUGGGAUUAUAGUCUAUCGAGGGAGGAUGAUGCUUAUGCAGACCAUCACCCUGCCACUUCAUCAGCAGAGACGCUUGUUUACAACAGCCUUGGAAAACAGUAGAGUUCUUUGGAGUCAAGCUGCUUGGCUAACUCUCUAAAAACCCCCAUGAGGGUCUGUAAAACCCCUUAAUCCUCACCUCAAACAACCAGUACUUUGCUCCCUCUUUUCCUGUCAUUCUUGUCACAAUGGACGGCAGUGGAAAAUAGAUUUCGCUGAAGACAGCUAGCCUUGGUUGCUCUUAAUCUGGUUCUCUGUAAGUCCCCAUUCUAUCUCUCCAGGCUGUGAUCCCGGCCGUCUUUUACUCCUCUCAGCUCGUUUUCAUGAUGCUUUGUUUGUUUGUUUGUUUGUUUGAUUUAUGUCAUUGUAACAUAGAAUGAAUAUUUGGAGGGCUUUCAUUGUGGAGAUAGAAGACCAUGAAAUAGAAGAGAUGGUGCCAGUGGAAGACAUUUCAAGUUUCUUGUAGAAUACCAAGGAAGCCCUGAAGUUGGAUAUUUCCACCCGCUUUGUGUUUGUGAAAGAUACAUUCAUGUGAAUAAAACAUGUUUGUGGUUGCCAUAAAAAAAAAAAAAGUGGUUUCUUUUAUGCAUUGACUCUUUCUUUCCAGCUGGAUCACCAAAAUAGCUUCAAGGAUUCCCAAGACAUGACAUUGCUUUCAUCCGAGACAAACAGACAAUUGAUGGGAGCGUGAAAUGCACGUUUGGUUUUUGAGGUCGUGUUUUAUGUCGAGUAAAUUUAUUUACUUUUUCUCAAGUAAAUAAGUAUCAUGUCAACUUCACUAACCAUUGGAUUGGACUACUGUAAUGUCAGCAGUACUGCACAAAAAACCAAACAUUUACUGAUCCUCAACAAGGUUUUGGUCAAAAUUGUUAAAUAAAAUAGUCGUGCUGGUUAAAACAGUUUUAUUUUUUUUACUUUGAUAACAGAUCUUCAGUUCCACUCUGCUGGCUGCAUGGACAUGUUUGUUUCUCAGAGAACAUGUGUUGUUUAGGAGUGAUGUUCAACUAACGAUGAAUUUGUCUGCAGUGGACAAUAAAAAAGAGAUGAGCGAGACACUCUGCGGCUGUGUGUUGCUUUGGAGUAGUUUCCCAUGCUCAGUGUGAUGUAAUCGUGUAUUUUGGAAGGGGGGAUAAAACCAGGCGACAAAAUGAACUUGAUAAAACAACAACUAUGGUCUUGGCUGCUUCCUUGUUUUGUUUUUUUUUCUUCUUUUUUUUCAUCCCAUGUCUCAAACUGAACGUGUGUUUCUGAUGUUAAGGUCCAGUUCCUCCCGGGCUAGAAUGAACAGGGAUAGACUUGUGGGUCCUCCCUUUUGAAAUAACCUCGCUGUAGUUGAGUUCAAAUGUUGGCUUGGACGACUGCCCACCCCCCCCCCUCCCCCGACCCCUUCCAUUACAUUUUGGACUUGGAAGGAGAACAGGCUUUGCUCUUUCUCUUCACUUUUUACAACCCUGGGCUCCAUCCAAGAGCUGGAGUGGUUACCAUAGCAACAGCAACCCUCUCUCAGGCUGCCCCGAAGAGAACCUGCUGAAAAACAGAUAUGAAUGAUAGACGGAGAGAUGAGAUUAUUUGGAAGCAGAUGGCAUGUUUUCUGGAGAAGGAGUGGAGUGACGGACAGAGAGCAUCUUUUUCUUCUUUCUCUGAGCCGCUCUGUGUUCUCUGUUACAACAUGCAAGUACCAACCUCUCCUUGGCUGGCUGCAUAUUUUACCCCUGCUCAAACAUUUUACAAGCGUGGAGGAGUUGUCAGGAUGUUAAAAAAAAAGAUAAGUGAACAUAUUUGUUGGAGCAAAACUGGCCAAACACGACGCGUCUCCAGGAUCAUAAAUCCUAAAUUGUUAAUCUUAGGAAAACAAAGCUCCCUGCAGUCAGGAUUUAACCGUCUAAUGCACAUAGAAAGAUUACACCAGAGCAGCAGUGUCACACUUUACAGCGUAUACACAUUUAUUUAUUGUCUCACAUGCUGGAUUUUGUAAAAACAAGGUAUGAAAUACUUGCUAGUUAAAACAUCUCCUCUAGAAAGAUCUUGUUCCUGUGGUUUUGAUUUUUGUUUCUGUAUUUCUUGAUGUUUAAAUGAAAUGAUCAUAAGUAGAAUUGUCUAAAAUCCAACUGCCCUUCUGGUUGCCUAAUACAAUUAAAAGCUGUUAAAAACGUU